AACGUUGCCCAGACCGAGCCCCGGGGCGUGACGUCACCAUCGGCUUGUUUACGGCAGGGCAGGCAGCGGAGGCGGCAGCGGCGGCACCAUGGAGGGCGUAGCGUCCGAGGUCAGCCUCAAGAUACGGUCUGCCAUCAAAGCAAAGCUUGUUGAACUUGGAACCUAUGUAGAUGAAGAGUUGCCAGACUACAUCAUGGUGCUGGUGGCCAAUAAGAAGACCAAAGACCAGAUGGAUGAUGACCUGAGCCUCUUUCUGGGCCACAACACCGAGCGCUUCACCUCCUGGCUCCACCAUGUCCUGCAGAAACUCAAUGCUGCCGCCCUGCUGCAAGGCACUGCAGCCUCAGCAGAAACAGGAAGAAAACAAGUUGUUGCACCACAAGAAGACAUUAAGAAAAAGGAAAUUGAGGAAGAGAAGAGGAGAGAAAAAGAGGAGGAAAAGAAGAGAGAACGUGAGGAAGAGAAGAAGCGACUCAAGGCGGAAGAAACCAAAAAACUGAAGGAAGAAGAAAAGAGGAAGGCCAAGGAAAAAGAGAAGGUGGAGCGCAAGAGGAAGUCAAGUGAGAGGAAAAAUGAGAAGAAGGAGAAGAAAGUGAGGAAGUCUGAAUCACCGCCGGCCCCUGAAAAACUUGUCAAGGAGAGGAGGCUGGUGAGUGAAAUGGCCAAGCAAACCAAGCCAAAGGAACCUGUGAAGGAGAAGGAAAAAGAAAAGUCCAAGGUCCCAGCAGUGGCCAGCAGCGAAAAGACCGUCCUGGCAGCAGCAGAGGUGGCCCCGGCAGAGUCCAGCCUUGACGUCUCUCUCAGGAAGAUCAAGCCACUGGUGCGGGGGAAGAUCUCCUCCGCCGACAUCUUCCGUGCCGAGAGCCAGGCGGAGCAAAAGAAGGAUGAAGAGGAGGAGGAGCUGGAGGAGGACUUGCUGGUUCUUCGGGCAGAUGUUGAUGACCUUGGCCUGGAGCUGGAGGAUGAGCCGGUCCCGAGGCGGAGCAAGCAGGAGCACCCUCACAGGGCCAUCCAGCUCAAGCCAGAAGGGAGGGAAGCGAACAGGUCAGAGCCAAAGGUCACGCUGAAGAUGGAAGGAAGAGAGAAAGCCGACCAUAGAGAGAAAAUUGACCACAGGGAAAAGGGCAAGACCAAGCCCGAUCCUCCUGCCCCUCGAAUCUCAGCCAAGGAGAGGUUAGGAGGCAUUGUCCCUCCUAAAGCCAACACUUCUCGAGAAAAGCCGUCAGUGCUGGACCGUCUGGGCGGCAGCGCCGGGGGGAAGCACAUCAUCAGCCUCCGCGAGGAGUCUGGCAGCUCUGCCCGCUCUGAGUCUUCCUCGGCCCCAUACAGCCAGGGUGUGGCCCGGGCCGUGUCCAGUGCCAUAACCUCAGCCCAGAGGUCGGUGUGCGUGCUGCCGCCCUCAAAUUCAUCGGGCAAGAAAUUGGAGGCACGAGUCAGGCCGCUCAUGUCAAGGCAGGUGGAAUCUAGUCACGGCGGUGCCAGCCGAGGCGUCUCAGAAGUGACGUCUGCUGGCAGCGAAGCUCACACAAGGGAAGGCGUUGGGCGCCUCUCCUCCGGCAGAGUGGUCUCGGCAGUGGGGGCGGUCCUCAAGCGGCCCCACGCCAAGAGCGACUCCGAGGAGGAGGAGGAGUACGACCCCAAGAAGCCCGGCCUGAGUGGAGUGGCCAGCAAGGUGGAGGUGACCCCACGCCCCCGGCGGCCCCGAGCCAUCCAGGCCAACACGGCGCUCAUCCUGCGGGCUAUGGCUGACGCUCACAAGUCCGUCAACAGGCCGUCGCGUCACUCAAGGGAGAGAGAAAAGACGGAGAAGCAAAAGUCUAGAAAAAAGCACAAGGGAGAGUUGUUCAGCCGCAGCUACAGGGAGAGGGAGGACGCCAGUAGGGAGAAGGUGACCUCUGAGCCGCACAGCAACGUACAGGAGCCAGUCAGGAUCCGCAAAAUAGCCAUCACUGUUCCCAACGCCACACACAAGGAGAGUGAAAAACAAGUCAAACCAAAGAAGGAAAAAGUGAAAGAUGAAGAGGAGGUUGAAGUAGAGGUCUCAGUAGCCAUGAGGCAAGAUCUCCCAGAAGAACCAAUGGAAACUGCCAAAAAAGAACCUGAGGAGGAGGCCUUGGAGAUGGAGGAGGACAAGGCACAGGUCUCAGAUAAUGAGUAUAAUAUGGAAGAAGUUGAGGAGGUGGAGGAGGAGGAGGAGGAGGUGGUGGAUGAGGGCAUUGAGGAGGACCAACCACCUGUGCAGCACCCUCUUCCACCGCCUGUCUUGCCCAGUAGAGAGAACACCAAGUUCAUUGUGACCCUUGAAGGAGUGGACAGCGAGGUGUUUCCAGAGAAGGAGGAACCACUGGGCAUCAGGUCCCGCCUGGGGGCACGCCCGCUGCCCUCUGACACUGACGACCAAGUGGAGGAAUACAUUGAGGAGGUUGAAGAAUGGGAGGAAGAAGAGGAGAUGUCUGAAGAGAUGGAAACGUCAUCGGAGCUGCCUGUUGGUGGAGCAGUGACCGGUGUGAAGGCACGGCUCAAGGCUGCAGCCACCCCGGCCAUUCCCUUACAGCCUGGAGGCAGCAAGGAGCGGUGCAAGUACUGGCCCCUGUGUAAGGCUGGGGAGGCCUGUGUCUACCACCAUCCUACGGUCACCUGCAAAUCAUUCCCAGCCUGCAAGUUUGGUGACAAGUGUCUCUUCAUUCACCCCAACUGCCUGUAUGAUGGAGCCUGCACCCGCAUAGGCUGUCCCUACACCCAUGCCAGCUCCCGGAACUUUGCCAUGGUCUCAGCAGCUGCCUCAACUCAGAAACAUAAGCCUACAGCCCCAACAAGGACAUCACAGAUCAAGUGCAAAUUCUUCCCAAAGUGCACCAAUUUAUCCUGUCCUUUCCUUCAUCCAAAAGCCUGUUACUACGGGGCAUCUUGCAAGACACCAAACUGCUCUUUCACUCACCCAGCAGUGCCCAUGGGUGCCAAGCUCAAGUGGGUGGCCCCCAAGGCCCCUGGCACCCAGCCUGCAGCUCCCGCCACACCCUCCACAGACAGCAAGGAAGUGGGGAAGAAAGAAGAAACUUUAGUCAAUAAGUAGUGUUGUUUAAAUAAUUUCAUAGAGAUGAAGUAAAUCAUUUGUGAAGUCCCUCACAGACUUGUUAUAAGUUAUAGCAAAUUGCUCAGGAGCUUCAUAAUUCCCUCAGAAGUGGUUACUGUUCACAUAUGAAGUGUGAAACUAAGGAAUGCUUUAUUGUACAUAAGACUGUGGUUAGUUUUAUUUGGGAAGUUUAACCUUUCUGCCUGAAUCAUUCUGCCUAGAGAGUUCUAAAUUCCCCUUUAAAUCAUGUAUGAGGAAAACUGGCACCAACCUUCACAAUGCAUUGAAACUGUAAAUGUAUGGAAGACUGUGCCACUUUUCUGAGGAAAUCCUGGUGACCAUUUCAUUUUUUGUGCAUUGCACAUUGCCCUUCAGCAGGGCAUGUCUUAGCAAGGAAAGGCUGUGAUUCUAAGAGUGAAAUGUCACAUGUUCCUUGCAUUUUUAUUGGAAGUGUGUCACAGUCACAGAUGCCUUAGAACCUCAUGCAAAAUACUAUUUAAAGACAUGUAUCAAUAUCACCCACUUCAGGUCCAUUAUUUGCUGUGCACCAAGCACAUCAUUAUAUUGCUGUUCUAAAAUAUUACAAUAAAUGAGUGAAUGAAAAA